CUACUAUAGUAGAGUAGUAUACUCAGUGGAGACUCAGUAGGUAUAUACUACUCUAGUUGACAACGGUGCGCGGACUGCAACGGUGACUAAUUUCGUAUUUGGCUUUUACUUUAUUGCGAAUCAUCACAUAGGAUCGUAAUACUAAGUACCUACUUACUACACGCAAUAGAGACAUAACAUAGAAGAGAUAUGGAAUGCAAAAAUAAACAAAACAAGUCUCUUGGCCGAACCAAAACAGUGGGACAACAAAUUUUGGAGAUCUUGCCGAUAAUAUUAGAUUUUUUCCUAUUAAUCAUUCAAGUAAAUUAUCAUAUCAUGGAAGCGAUAUAUAGAAUUUUUAAGCCUCUUGACCCUUCGCCCGUUAAUAACGAAUUAGUGUUGGUAACAGGUGCUGGUCAUGGUAUAGGAAGAGAACUGGCUCUACAAUAUGCUUCCGAAGGAGCAACGCUUGUAUUAUGGGACAUCAACGAAGAGGGCAAUCAAAGCACUGCACAAGCAAUCUUGAAAAAUGGUGGAGCUAAGCCAUAUACUUAUACCUGUGACGUUUCUGACAGACAAUCUGUUUUAAAUGUAGCGAGAAAAGUUAAAGAAGAUAUAGGCGAUAUAAGCAUUUUAAUUAACAAUGCUGGUAUAAUGCCUGCCCAUCCAUUAGAAGAACACACUGAAGAAGAAAUUAAGAAAAUUAUGAGCAUUAACGUAUUGGCGCAUUUUUGGACCAUUGAAGCUUUUCUGCCAGCCAUGAAGAAAAAUAAUCACGGCCAUAUUGUAGCACUAUCAUCGGUAGCUGGAAUAGCUGGAUUACCAAAUUUGGUUCCAUAUUGCGCAUCAAAGUUUGCUGUGAGAGGAUUAAUGGAAUCGUUGAUGGACGAAUUGAAUUGGAACCCUUACAAUAAUGUUAAACUAACUAGUGUAUGCCCCUAUAUGGUUGAUACAGGACUUUGCAAAAAACCUUUUGUCAGAUUCGAGAAUGCUUUGAAUCUUUUAGAACCUAAAUACGUGGCAGCACAAAUAAUGCAUGCACAAAGAACUGGGAUUCUUGAAUGUACGAUUCCCCGGUUUUUAUUGACAGUGAAUUAUGUUACAAGGCUAUUGCCAACAAAAGCAGCCAGCAAAGUUAAAGCGUUUUUUGAAAGUGGAGUUCAUUCUGAUAAAGGAACAUGAAAAUUAGGUCCAACAUCGUUCUAUUAUUUACCACUGGAAAUAUAUUUUUAAGAGCUUAGGAUGAGGAUGUAAAAAAACUAUUUCGGUUUUGCUAUUUAAUUUUUUAAUAAAAAUUAUUAAAACAACAGUAUCUUAAUUAUUUGUAACAAUAUUUUACAUGCGUAAAGGGCCCCAUACACUACGAUUAAACACGACGGCUUUCAUCGCCGCGAUGAAACACGUCGUUCCAAAACCGGAGUGUGUGGUAGAAAAACACGACGGUUUUUUACCACACACUUCGGUUUUGGAACGAUGUGUUUCAUCGUGGCGAUGAAAACCGUCGUGUUUCAUCGUAGUGUAUGGGGCCUUUAACGUUCUAGUUCGUUUUCUUGUUCUUAAUUAGAUAAUUUUUGGAUAUCAUAGAAAAAUUAUAUGUAUAAUAAAAAAAGCAUAUUAAUAUAAAGCUGUACGAUAACAGAAACUCAAAAAAAAACAUUACUUUUAUAUAAAUUAACAAUAUAAACUUUCUUAAUAAAAAAAAAGAAUUGUAGUUACUAAAGGUUUGACAAAGGCUCUGAAGAAGAGAUUCGACAGUGCUAACUGUAACUAUCAACGACAAUUAACGAUGAAGGAACUUCAUAUAAUUGUAAAACUGGAAUAUGGUCCGCCCCCAAAGCACUGCAAUAUAUACCUAAAUUAGCUCCCAAGUCAAAUGUGCCAGGGCUAACCACUAUCACAGAAAGCUUUACAGAGGAUGUGGUCAAUGGCCGAAGAGUGCGAAUUAUUUUUCCGCUCGAUACCCAGGAAAAAUUACUUGCCGCUUGCGAAUUAGAUAAGUUCGAUUUAUUCAAUCUAUUUACGUUGGUGUCGGUUUUCAAACUGAAAAAAUGCAAAGUUUAGCAUACUUAUUAGCAAAAUAUCUAAAUUUUUAGGUGAUACAUUGGCUUUGUAUAUUCUGCGCAGUUGUUAAAAACGCUUUUUGUGGGCGUUUUAAAAAAAAUAUUUAUGUCAAUAGCACCUUUCUUGGCACUUCUGUGCGUUUAUCUUGGACUCUUGGUAACACACUUUUAUCAAAUAAUACAGAGCCACUAUAACAUAAUUUGCUCACCUAGGAUCAAUCGUAUUAAUCAUGAUGAUGAUAUCAUUCUCAAUAAUGCUAUGUAAUACUAGAGUAACUGGAACCACACAAGUACUUCUAUUUUUGAAAUUAUGCGUAACCACUGGAGGAUAAAGCAAGUUAUAAGUAACUUGUUUUUUGGCAUUUUCAAUGCUACGGUCUUCUUCAGUUAAAGAACUAUUUAAAUCUAUAACUGUAUCAGAUAUUAGCGCAUCUAAUUGUUGUUCUCCUCUAAUAAUUUCUACUGGAACACAAGUUUGACCAUGGACAAUUCUUCUCUCAGAUCCAUCAGAAACUAAAGCUUUCCACUCUAAAAUUAAAGUUCCAUCUCUUGUUUUAUAUUUGAAAUUAUUCUGGAAGGAGUUUAACAAAGUUUCAUGACUUUUUCUUGCAAACACACGAAGAGCUGUUGGUAAGUGUGGUAAUUCGGCUUUAUCAGAGCUCAGUGGUAUACUAGAGUAUUGAUUGUCUUGGUGAACUUUUCUUUUUGCUUUGAUUAAAAUAUGUGCCGAUUCUUGAGAAUUUAAAUUAAUAUAUUUUGGUGUCACAAUAUCUUUGGUUAAAAUCCAGUUGUUGCUAACUAGAGCAAUAUUAAGUAAAGUUAUUUCGGUUGAUAUUGUAUUGUGAAUUCUGUUGAGGUUGGUUGUUUUCAGCGCAAGUGCUAGAUUUUCGGCCACACUUGAAUUAUAACUGGUUUGAGUUGAAACUUCUACGGAAAUUGACUCUUGUACAGAUAAAUUCCAUGAGUGCCUUAUCAGUC